CUCAAAAUGUGGGGACUGAUUUUCCGUUCUCUGGAAAUUGUGACACUGAUUUGACUCUGUGGUGUCUUUUUUUUUUUUUUUUUUCCAUCCUCCUGAAGACACUUUGAUAGCUACAGUGGAUGUGUGUUUUUUUACGGUGGAAAAAGGAGACUCUGAGCAUGCCAACAUCUGAAUAUUUGUGAGUGUCCCUACAGUGAAGCCCCCUUUUCUUCUACAGGACUUUGUUCUGGGAGCCGGUGCUGACACAGCGGGCAGGGCCUUGGGGCACCCUCAGGCCUUCCGUGGUGGGAGCUGGAGCCGUGGGCCGUGCUUUCCGGGACCUUUCUUAUCCCUCACACAUGGCUUCCUCAUUCCUGUCUUAUCAGUUUGAAGCCACUUCUUAUGAUUUCUUUGCACCCAUUUUCUGCUGAAUUCAUUAAUUGCCUUAUGAGAUGUAUCAUGAGCUCUCGGAGGUAAUAGGGUGUGCUUGGUGGACUCCAUCCAGGUGCGAGAGUCCUGUGCUUCAGUUACGGUUAUGACAGCGCCGGGCACGGUCAGUGUCUGUUCUGUGUUCUUUCCUCCUAUUUUGGAGGAUCUGCAGCUGCGCGUCUGUAGGAGGCUCGGCGGCAGGCCAGCUAGGUGAGCCAGGGACGAGACUGCCCAGUGGAGAAUGUGGCCCCGCCGGGGGUGGCUCCGGCUUGCCCGUGUCUCCAUGAGCUGGGGCAAGUUCGAGUGGCUCUUUGGCCCUGCAGACACCACUCCAUCUCCCUGGUGUCGGUUUUCCAUGUAGGUUGGCAUUCCAGCAUUUGGCUAGCCUGCUGGUGACACUCUUGUCACCUUCAAGUGAAGAACACUGAGAGGGGUGGACGCUCCAGAAGAGCUGACCCCUAACAUGGUGCACGGGAAUCAGAUGACCCACAUCUCCAGCCCAGCACCGCCUCCUCCAAGCUGUGUCACCAAGGACAGUGACCCCCACACCCGAGCCUCGGCUUCCCUCUGUGUACACUCAAAAGGCAGAUGCUUCCAUGGGGACCAGACAUGGUACCCUGCAAGGUGCAAUGUGUGCUGCGUUUGCUGUGUCGCUGUGGCACGGGGAAAGGGUGGGAGGGACCCCACCAUUAGGACUUCUUGGCCAGGUGUCUCCUGUUUGCAUAAGCCCUUCCCUGCCCAGAGGAGCUCAUUCCCGCACACCUUCAUUCAUCCCAUGGCAGUCUGGGCAGGAGUCCAGCCUGUGCUCUUAAUUAGGAUGAGCGGAGGAGGGAGAGUCUGAAAAGUCCGCUUGAAGAGCAGAGUUUAAGGCCUCUUGUAUCCAAACCAGUUGCCUUGUGAUGGUGGACAAGCCCAGGCACCCGGGAGAGUGGGCGCGGAGGCAGAGCCUGGGGCCUGUGCGGGGGUCCUGCAGCCCACCCCGGGUACGGAGCUCCCGAGGAGUGUGUGAACACCCAUGCCCUACCUGCUGAGGAGAGUCACUUGUAGGAAAGCCGCCGGCCCCCUGCUCUGCACGCCCCGGCUGGGGUCCCGCCACCGCCCGGGCCACCCCGGAAGCCUGAGCCCGCGCCUGUUCUCUGGAUAUGGAUGUGCCCAGGGCGCCCUCUGCUGGGAUCCGGAGCUGAGCCGCUGCGCGCCCGAGCGAUGGCCACAGUCGUCCCGCCGCGCGCCAGGCCCUCUCCCGGGAACGAGACCGAGACCCUGCAUGAGCACUACAACUACGUGGGCAAGCUGGAGGGCCGGCUGAGGGAGGCCCCCGAGGGCAGCAUGCCUACCACCGUGCUGUUCCUGAUCAUCUGCAGCUUCAUCGUGCUGGAGAACCUCAUGGUUCUCAUCGCCAUCUGGAAAAACAAUAAGUUCCACAACCGCAUGUACUUCUUUAUCGGCAACUUGGCCCUCUGUGACCUGCUGGCCGGCAUCGCCUACAAGGUCAACAUUCUGAUGUCGGGCAAGAGGACGCUGAGCCUGUCUCCCACGCUCUGGUUCCUAAGGGAGGGCAGCAUGUUCGUGGCCCUCGGGGCGUCCACCUGUAGCUUGCUGGCCAUUGCGAUUGAGCGGCACUUGACUAUGAUCAAAAUGAGGCCGUACGAUGCCAACAAGAAGCACCGCGUCUUCCUUCUGAUUGGCAUGUGCUGGCUCAUCGCCUUCUUGCUGGGCGCCCUCCCCAUCCUGGGCUGGAAUUGCCUGCACAACCUCCCCGACUGCUCCACCAUCCUGCCCCUCUACUCCAAGAGGUACAUCGCCUUCUGCAUCAGCAUCUUCACAGCCAUCCUGGUCACCAUCGUGAUCCUGUACGCGCGCAUCUACUUCCUGGUGAAGUCCAGCAGCCGCCGGGUGGCCAGCCCCCACAACUCGGAGCGGUCCAUGGCCCUGCUGCGAACCGUGGUGAUCGUGGUCAGUGUGUUCAUCGCCUGCUGGUCCCCACUCUUCAUUCUCUUCCUCGUCGACGUGGCCUGCAGGGUGAAGCAGUGUGCCAUCCUGUUCAAGGCCCAGUGGUUCAUUGUGCUGGCGGUGAUGAACUCGGCCAUGAACCCCGUCAUCUACACGCUGGCCAGCAAGGAGAUGCGGCGGGCCUUCUUCCGGCUGGUGUGCACCUGCCUGGUCCGGCGCUGGGGCGCCCGCUCCUCACCCACCCAGCCCGCUCUCGACCCCAGCAGAAGCAAGUCCAGUGGCAGCAACAACAGCAGCCCCUCACCGAAGAGCAAGGAGGACCCUCCCCAGAUAGCUGCCUCGCCGUGCAUCAUGGAUGGGAACAAAACCCUGCAGAACGGGAUCCUCUGCAAGUGAGCAUGGCCACCUCCAGGAAUGGCCAUCCCCACAUGUCCAUGAGACAAGAGGCGCUCAGCUCCCAGCCACGUUCUUAUUUAUUGCAUGCGUCACCCCCAGGGGUUCUGGAGCUGGCACUCGGGAAAUCUGUUUGCCCAUGCGUGGCCCAUGUGGUGUAGACGUCCCAGGAAGAGGGGGACCCAAGGACUCGCCGGCCUGUUUCACAGUAGACAGCCUGCCUGCCUUGUCCGUAUUGGCGUGAGUCUUCCAAACCUCCAAUCUGCCACCUUCCCCUGAAUCCCACGGGAGGGAAGGUCGUGGGCCACGCAAUGCGCAGUGUGCUUCCCUGAAUGUCAUGGCAAUUUCUGGUAACUUCACACUACAUGGACCGCGCAUACUGUGGAUGCUGGCGUGUUCAUCAUUUCUGUGUCACGCAGCGCUCGGGUUUCUGACGUCCACCACCAUCGGGAUACAACACCUGUUUCUGCUGUAGGCAGCAGGACGUGGCACGGUGUCCUGACUGAACCACCAGGAGCAAGGCUGAGGCUGGCAAUUAGCCGGACAUGCCCAUCCCCAUCUCCUCACACUGACACCGAGUCUCGUGUUCAGCGGGCUUUGAAAAAGGCUGCUCUCGGGUGGGUCUCAGGUGCGUGGAUCUGACCCUGACAGUGUCCAAAGGACCCUGGGAGAGUGAGAGUGCUCUGAGAGCUGCAUCCCCGCCUCUCCCCAGGGCUGUGUCCCUGCAGAGACUUGAACACAUCCCCCAGCCCCGUUACCCACAUUAUGUGACUGGUGACCCUCCAGAUCUCAGAAAAGCCCACCAGGGGCUUCCCAGAGGCCAUCCCUGGGCCAAGCAGAAGAGCCCAGAAGGCAGAAGCGGAGGACAGACACCCUGGCCAGAAGAAUGGUAUGUUUGAUGUGAGGAAAAAUUUGUACGGAAUUGGGAGAGGCUGACAGGCUGCACUUGGGUCCUAUUUGGAGCCUGGUCCCCUCUAGCCAGAGAAGCACCAGGUCAGUAGGACCGAGUUGUGUGCUCUUCCGGGAAAUGUAGUGAUGCUGUAGGUAACGAUAUGGGGUCAGCUGACCCUGCAUCCCCAUCCCCGCAUGUAGGGGGUUCCUCAGGAGGUGUUUGUGCAUGAGGAGCUUCCCUCAGGGAUCCCACCUGCAGGACACACCAAUGAGGACGUGCACACGUGUGUGGAGAUCUCACACCCACAGAGUUCACGUGUCAGGCUCUUGGCCAAACACAAAACAGGCAGCCUUCAAAAGGACUCUCACAUCAGAGCCCCUGAGGCUUUCUGGUUUGCCGGGCAUUUCGGCUGAGUCAAGACUCCAGAGACACCUUGACACGUUAACCGUCUGGAGGAGACACUGCUGGCUCCUGCGUGUUAUCAGAUAGAUGCCCAUGCUCCCAACCGAGGCACAUUCCUGUGGGUCCUGGGGGAUCUCCGUGUCCUGACCAAAGACUUCCCUCGUUUCUGUGACUGAUGAGAGAAGGGGAUGCUCAUUGGUGGCACUUUUGUUGGCUUCUUUACGUCGCUGGAGAGGGGUGUAUUCUCGGGUCAGACAGCAUGUCUAGAAAAGUCAGGCAUCAAGAAGACACAGCAGGGAGCACUGCGUGUUCACCUAGGGAGUGAAGUGACCACAGAGCUCAGGGUCCCUGGGGGUUCCUGGGUCUUCAGUGCUCAUAUUGGUGACAAUUACUCCUUGAUCCCGACUUCCCAUUGCGAGAACACAAAACUUGCAAACAGUCUGAGUGGAAAAACCCAAAGGAGUAAUCGUGUGCAUUCAAUACAUGCAGAAAAUGAUCGACUUUAAUAGCAGCAUGUACAGCCUGUGCCAACAGCUGCGGGUCAUUGAGGGGUUGAGUUUCAAAGCCACGUAGAACAUAUGCAUUAGAUCUCUUUACUGUGUCCCGUGUGUGUUUGUUUAAAAAAAAAUAAAUAAAACCAAAAGCCUGCUUGUAAA